AUGGGAAAUAAAUCCCGAUCCGGAGUUUUGUAUGCCGCGUUGGCUCAAUCCGAAGGUUUGGAAGGGUCUCGUCACGUAGUGGCAGUUACCCACUUCCAAAGUUACAAGCGAGAAAAAUGUUCAGCAGCCCGUCGUACAAAAGUUGACGGGAUGGAGAUGUCGAAGCAUGUCUCGGGCCAAAUAUCUUUUGAGGAACAAGCACGCCGAAUUGCACAUGAAAAAGGAGCUCCUGCUACAAUGCCAGAGCUUUGGGAGAAGACCCACAAACGCAACGACGGGACGUGGGUUGAUCGACGGGUGCAGAAGUUACACGGUGAUGUGACUGCCCGAGUCGAAGAAAUCCGGUGGUAUACCCGUAGACUUGUUCCUCGUACCAGAGAGGGGAAAAUGACUUUCACGGGUUCUAUUCCGAUCGAUGAGGAGGGAGUUCCCUAUUGCCCGAUUUCGUCCUAUGCCUCUGAUCCCAUUAGAGACAAGAAGUUGGAGCUCGCAGAACAAGAAAUCAAAUCACUAAAAGAGGAUAAUCGCGUUCUAAAGGAAGACUCCAACAGCUUCAAUGAAAUAUUUGUGAUAGGGGCUACGAAUCCAGCGAUUGCAGAGAUGAUGCAGAAGAAGAGGGAAGCAACAACGACAAGAGGAGAAGGAACAUCUGAAACAUUGACUAAUUUUGUUUCCAGAUUAUUUGAUAUGAACUCGCAUUAG